CAUUAUAGCGUUAAGGUUUUCAAGAUGACUUCCGAAGUUGGAAACUCGGUAAGCUGGCCUGAUUAUGAAGAAACAAGUGAAGAGUACAGCAACAGAUUUCAAAAUAACUUGGACAGAUGGAAAACACGGGAUUCAUUAUUAGAAGUUCCACAGGUUUAUCAAGAAUAUGAUUUUGAUGCCACCCUUGAAUAUUGGAAAGAUCAUGACAGUAAGAGGAGAAGAGCUAAAGCCCCACAUCGUCAUUCUAUUCAUAGAAGAAAGUCAAGUGUUAAGUCUGAUGCUCAUGGCCUGGGCGCACCUCUAUCACACCAGGUAGUGGAAGUGUUACAUGAUCACGAGAGUCACCAGUACAGCUCCGAAUCGCCCUGUGAGUACAUCCCACAAGCUCUGCCAUUACACAGAUCGGAUGAGGAGUUUUAUGAUGGGGACUUUGAAGAAUUUCAAGAAGAACAAACCAGAUUUAAAUGGAACUGGAUUCGCGCAGUCAUCGUUGGAGGCGUGACUCUUGCUGGUGCAAUUGGUAUUCCUAUAGCCUACCAGUAUGUCAUGGUUUACUACUACCCAGAAGAAGAAGAUUGUAACUGUAUCAAUGAUGGACUCUGGAAGUUUGUCACCAGGACCCUCUUCAACAUGCGGGAACCUGUUAGAAAACCAUUCUUGGGAUUCCUUUAAGCAUUAAGUUCUCACAAUUCGAGAUAUUUAGUGAGUGGCGUACUCGUGAAAUAUCUGCCUCACGUGGAUAUAAUUAUUAGGGUUGUGAUUUAAAUUUUUUAAAACCGGGAAAUUAAGGGGAAUUGAAUUCUCAUGUGUUUGGAUCAUGAAACUAUCUUAUGGGCUUAUUUUAAGGAAACGGAUCUUUGUUUUGUGUACUGUAUGUAAUAGAGGACACAUGUAUUUAUAAUAAUCUUCAAUAUUUGAAAAAGUUUUACCAAAUUGUAAAUCGCUUAAAGCUAAAACAUGAAUUGUAAAAUGUAUAAAACUAGAGCAUGAAUUGUAAAAUGUAUAAAGCUAGAGAAUGAACUGUGAGUUUUAUAAAUCUAGAGAAUGAACUGUGAGUUUUAUAAAGCUAUAGAGAAUGAAUUGUAAGAUGUAUAAAGCUAGAGAAUGAACUGUGAGUUUUAUAAAGCUAUAGAUAGAGAAUGAAUUGUAAAAUGUAUAAAGCUAGAGAAUGAACUGUGAGUUUUAUAAAUCUAGAGCAUGAGUUGUAAAAUGUAUAAAGCUAGAGCAUGAACUGUAAGUUUUAUAAACCUAGAGCAUGAAUUGUAAGUUUUAUAAAGCUAGAGCAUGAAUUGUAAAAUGUAUAAAGCUAGAGAAUGAACUGUAAGUUUUAUAAACCUAGAGCAUGAAUUGUAAGUUUUAUAAAGCUAGAGCAUGAAUUGUAAGUUUUAUAAACCUAGAGCAUGAAUUGUAAGUUUUAUAAACCUAGAGCAUGAACUGUAAGUUUCAUAACGCUAGAGCAUGAAUUGUAAGUUUUAUAAAGCUAGAGCAUGAACUGUAAGUUACAUAAAGCUAGAGCAUGAAUUGUAAGUUUUAUAAAGCUAGAGCAUGAAUUGUAAGUUUUAUAAAGCUAGAGCAUGAAUUGUAAGUUUUAUAAAGCUAGAGCAUGAACUGUAAGUUACAUAACGCUAGAGCAUGAACUGUAAGUUUUAUAAAGCUAGAGCAUGAACUGUAAGUUUUAUAACACUAGAGCAGGAAUUGUAAAAUUUAUAAAACUAGAGCAUGAACUGUAAGUUUCAUAACGCUAGAGCAUGAACUGUAAGUUUUAUAAAGCUAGAGCAUGAACUGUAAGUUUUAUAAAGCUAGAGCAUGAACUGUAAGUUUUAUAAAGCUAGAGCAUGAACUGUAAGUUUCAUAACGCUAGAGCAUGAACUGUAAGUUUUAUAAAACUAGAGCAUGAACUGUAAGUUUCAUAACGCUAGAGCAUGAACUGUAAGUUUUAUAAAGCUAGAGCAUGAACUGUAAGUUUUAUAAAGCUAGAGCAUGAACUGUAAGUUUUAUAAAGCUAGAGCAUGAACUGUAAGUUUUAUAAAGCUAGAGCAUGAACUGUAAAAUAUAUAAAGCUAUAGAUAGAGAAUGAAUUGAAGUUUUAUAAAGGCAAAUGUAUACAUUGUACAAUGAAUUAAUUGUAAAUUAGAUAAAGAUUAAAGGAAAAAUGAUU